AUCCGGCCUCCGAGCUCUAUGGCCGCCGCGGGGUCUGUGAAGGCUGCGUUGCAGGUGGCCGAGGUGCUGGAAACCAUUGUGAGCCGCUGCGUGGGCCCCGAGGGGCGGCAGGUUCUGUGUACGAAGCCCACCGGCGAGGUGCUGCUCAGCCGGGAUGGAGGCCGCCUGCUGCUGGCGCUGCACUUAGAGCAUCCAGUCGCCAGGAUGAUAGUGGCAUGUGUUUCCAGUCAUCUCAAAAAAACAGGAGAUGGUGCUAAAGCAUUUAUUGUCUUUCUUUGCCAUUUGCUCAGAGGACUUCGUGCCAUCACAGCCAAAGAGAAGCAUGGCUUGAUAUCUGAAACUAUGCAGACCCUUGGAAGGCACUGGAAAAAUUGUUGUCAGUGGAAACUUAUUUCCCAAUCUCUUUUAACAUUUCAGACAUGUGUGUUAGACCGUCUUAUGGACCAAUGCUUGAGAAGACACUUUCUGUCCAUCUUUUCUUCGUCCGCUAAUGGGAGAACAUUGUGUAGGAGUUCCUUAGAGAUGCUCUUAACUGCUUACUUUUGUGGAAGGGUGGGAAAAAACCAUCACAAGUUUGUUUCUCAGUUGAUGUGUAAUUACUUUUUCAAGUGUAUAACUUGCACGAGUGGAAUUGAAGUGUUUGAGUUGAUGGAUGAGUGUUUUGUAGAGUUGAAUGUUGGUGUCACUGGCCUUCCUGUGUCAGAGUCUAAGAUCAUAGAAGGGCUGUUGCUUCCCAGAGAUUUUUCUGUGUACUGCCCAGCAGAUGGGGACGUAGCAAUAGUCCUAGUAACAGAAACCAUUCACUUUCCUCUUGCAAGUAGUGGAUCUGAGUUUGUUCUAAAUUCAGAAGCACAAUUGCAGACUUCUCAAUUUUGGAUGAUGGAAAGAACCAAAGCAAUAAUGGAACAGCUACGUGUUCAGAAUGUAAAAUUGCUCCUGUCUAGUGUGAAGCAACCAGAAUUAGUUGUGUAUUAUGCAGCACUAAAUGGUAUAUCUGUGGUAGAGUGUUUAUCAGCAGAACAAGUUUCCCUCAUCCAGAGGAUUACUCACCUUUCUCCAUUUGUACCACAGGCCUCCUGUCAGUGUGACAUUCCUAACACUGCUUUGGCGACAUUUUGUAAGCCACUCAUCCUUAGAUCCAAAAGGUAUGUGCAUCUUGGUUUGGUCAGCAGGGGUGCAUUUAUACCACACUGUAUAAUUCUUUGUGGACCAGUGCAGGGUCUUAUUGAGCAACACGAGCAUGCUUUACAUGGAGCAUGGAAAAUGCUUCGGCAGUUAUAUAAAGAGCAUAACCUAAGUUACAUUACAUGUGCCAGUGGCCAAAACGACCCAUCAAGUCCUUCUGUCAUUGAAAAUAGGAGAGAAAGUCCUGAAAAUGAGUCAAUACAAAGACCAUAUCAGGACACGGUUGUGAAGGAUAAAGCUGAAUUGAAAAACACUCAAACAUAUUUACAAGUAUGUUCAAAUUUUACAGUUUCAGAUGUAGAAUUAGAGACAUGUAUUCCAUGUUCAAAGCCAGAACUGAGAGCAGCAGAUACUUUGCGAACAUGUGAAACACUGAGACAUUUGUCUCCUGGGGAAUACAGUGUCACUGAAGACUGUACUCUAUUGAUGAAGACUAAUUCCACUUCUAGUUCAACAACAGAAAACAUGAGGACAGAAAUAGUUUAUGAAAAUGUAGAGUUCACAGAAAUUACUGGCAACCAGAGCAUAAUGUCCUUGAGAUAUAACCCACUUGAAGUGGAUACUUGUGGGAGCUUCUGUUGGUCUUCGAUACCAGCAGGUUGUGUUCUGCCAGUGGGUGGUAAUUUUGAAAUCUUGUUGCAUUACUAUCUAACCAAAUAUGCCAAAAAAUGCCAACCAUCAGAAGAAACUGUGGUUAGUAUGUUAAUAGCUAAUGCACUUCUAGGUCUUCCCCAAAUCCUUUGUAAGUCCAAGAAAGGAAAGUAUAGCUUUCCACAAAUGUAUCUAAGAACUCUUCAUGCACUGGAAACGCAUCAACCCUUGGUAGACGAUCAGACAGGUUUGGAAUCAGUAAUAGGUAAAUACCAAUUACUAACAUCAGUUCUCCACUGUCUGACAAAAAUAUUAACCAUUGAUUUGAUAAUCAAUAUUAAGAGGCAGCCCCAAGAAGUUCAUGAUCAAGAUUCAGAAGAUGAGCUAUAAUAAAUUUUACUUUUUAAACCAUGAAGUAAAGCAAGUAUGUGGCUACCAGGUCUCAGGUCAACCAAGUCUUCUUGGGAAAACCUCAUAACUAUAAAUGAAUUCAAAAGAAGUACACUAGGCCCCCAGAGCAUUCAGACAAAAAAUAUUAGGUGCUUUCCGAAAGUAUGCUGAGCUGGGAGAGCAACUAGGGGUAGGGAGGCCAAGAUCUGCCCAGAGCUGUCAAAUCCCCCUUUAUAUCUGUCUUAACUCUGUAUCAAUCUGUAUGUCUAGGGAAAAUAAUUCCUUUAUAUUUUUUUUCUGCAUUGUUGUAAUUUUUUCCUUCUCAUUCCUCUUUUUUCUGAACUUGGUGCAUAGGAUCAUUUACCUCAGAUUUGAGUGGGUUCUUCAAAUGUCAUGGUUUAUAAUAUAAAUAUAUUAUUUGCUUCAUUUAUAACAACUUUUCCCUGUUGUGGUAUGUAAAGUGAAUAAAAGUCUUUUUUUCUAAAAAAGCAUUCAGACCCAUUUUUACUUUUAUGUAGCUCUUAAUUUAUUUCCAUUUUAUUUGGAACAACUUGGGUAGAGUUUUACUAUCCAUAUAUCAUUGAAUACGUGUUACCAGAAGUAAGACUACAGUGAAUUAAUUUUUGUGGCUAAAAGUUAAUAUCAGAAA